AUGCAUUGGUCUGCUGCUCACCAACCACAAGUUUUCACCAAUAUAGAAACGAACAACAAUAUUGAGAGUUGGCAUAACCAGUUAAAGGUGAAUUAUUUACAAAGAAAAAGGAAUAGAAGACUGGAUCAAUUAAUAUUUAUCUUAGUUGAUGAUGCUCAUACUGAUUCUAUGCACAAUACCGCAAAGAUGGCCACUAAUAUUGGACGUACUAGCUCAGAGACUAGAGAGGUAAUAAAGAGAAUUAUUGCAGCAGAAGAGAUCAAUGAGCUGCCAUUAGAAGAUAUGGCGCAGAAGGUACAUAUCGAUGAAGAAGUUUGUUAUAUUGUCAAGUCUUUGUUAACAAAUACAUGA